CUGGAUCCCCAAUCACCAUGUUUUAAUUGUUAUUUUUUUUUUAUAAUAACUCAUCUAAAAUCAUUCAUUGUUGUGUUAUUUAUUUUUUUAUUGAUCCGGUUCAUGUGUUCUCAAACCUAGCUAGGGUUAAACAAGAAUUGAUAUAGAGAAACAUGAAUAAUAAUCAAAGAAACAUUGGUGAUAAUCUAAUGGAAAAGGUUGAUGAUCUAAUGGACAAAGUUAAUGAUCUCGGUGACCGGAUGAUGGGAUCGAAAGUCGGUCAAAAAAUCUCUGCAGGCAUGAGCUCCAUGAGUUUCAAAAUGAAAGAAUUGUUUCAAGGUAAUCAAGCUGAUAAUCUUGUGGAUGAAGCGACUGCGGAAACCCUAGACGGGCCUGACUGGGCCACAAAUGUUGAAUUGUGUGAUAUGAUUAACCAUGAAAGGAUUAGUAGCGUCGACGUGAUUCGUGCGAUAAAGAAUAGACUCGGGAUGAAGAACGCUAGGGUUCGGUACUUGACGUUGGUAUUGCUUCAGACUGUAGUUAACAACUGUGUGAAAGGUUUUUCGGAAGUUGCUGCCGAUAGAGUGCUUGAUGAAAUGGUUAAAAUGAUUGGUGAUCCUCAAACGGUUGAAUAUAAUCGUAAUAAAGCCCUUAUUAUGAUUGAAGCUUGGGGCGAAUCUAACGAGCUUCGGUAUCUGCCUGCUUAUGAAGAGACAUACAAGAGUUUAAAAUCAAGAGGAAUAUGUUUCCCGGGUCAUGAUUCUGAGAGUCUGGCUCCUAUAUUCACGCCGUCUCGUUCGGUUCCACCUUCAGAAGUAUAUUAUUCUGUUCAUCCACAGAAUAUUCGGAUUCCAGUUCCGGUUAGGCGCAUGUCAGCACCACAAACAAAAGAAGCCUUUGAUGUGGCAAGGAACAGUCUUGAGCUUUUAUCAACUGUUUUAUCCUCUUCACCCCAACAGGAUGCUUUACAGGAUGACUUGACCUCGACGCUUGUACAGCAAUGCCGCCAGUCCCAGCUGACUGUUCAGAGAGUAGUGGAGACAUGUGGAGACGAUGAAGUGAUGCUGUUUGAGGCCUUGAGUGUGAAUGAUGAACUCCAGAAAGUUGUAUCAAAGUAUGAAGAAAUGAAGAAGUGUAGUCAGGUGCGGUGCAAGCCAGAACCGGCUAUGAUAGCCGUGACUGCAGAAGAGCCUGAUGAACCACCACAAGCCAGGAAAGAAGAGUCAUUGAUCAGAAAGGUGGUUGGCAGCAACCACAAUGAUGAUGAGAUGGUAUUUGGGAAGAAAAGUAGUAGCUCAUCUGAACCCAAAAAAGAUAAAUUAUCUAACUAUGAUCUUAUUAGUUUUUAGGACUUUACUUGGAUUGUGAUGAACAUAAAUCUUGACACUUUUUUAUGUUCUUCUUCUUUUGAGCUUUUUGGGUGUGGGAUGAUGAUAUUUUGGCAGAAAAGAUUGAUGCUUUUUAUUA